CCACUCCAUAUCCCAUCCACGAACUCACCACCUCUAUUGACUCAUAGUGUUAGCUUAUACGAGCAUACAAUUAGGAUAUGUAAAAUGAAGCACAUAGUUAAAAAUAAAAUGUGAUUUGUCAAUGUCAAAAGGUUCCAUGCCACCGUUGGUCAUCAGCACAUGGGAUACGUCACCCCACGAUUGGAAUUACAUUGCCAAAUCCAUGCUUAAUUUUUUUUUUUCUCGUUCGAAAGUCAAAUUCAUGCCUUUCUUGAUUGAAUGCUUACUUUUUAAUUUUAUAAUUAAAAGGGUUAAUAAUAUCAAUUAAUUUAACAAAAUUUAAAUUUAUUAAUAAAAGGAUGGACAAAAAGUACAAUAAAAAAAUUCAAUUAAACAUUCAAUCAAGAAAAAAGCAUGGUUAUGUUUGUGUAUUACCCUUAUAAUAAUUAGACUAUGUAUGAUGAAAUCAUGGACGACUUUUUGCUCUUCUUAUAUUUGGUCAACUUGUAUUUGUAACGUAGACUUUUCUUUUUUGUCGGGAAAUUUGUGCCGUCGGCUUUCAGCUUUUGAUAUAUAAAUAAAAACAAUUGGACUAUUUUAUUUUUAUUGUCUAUCAGCGGCCGCCGGGACCAUAUAUGUUAUCGCCGGAACAUGCAUGGUAGCAUGUGCAUACUUGUAUAGCUAGCUAGCUCAAAUUGUAUCGAAUCCGGCCAGCAACUCACGCCAACAUACAAGCCCUGCAGUUAGAUCUAUAUCGAAGUCAAAAUUAUGUUCUAAAAAGUGCCGUCUCUAACUCUAACGUAGUAGCUUGUAGCUAACAUCGCAUGAGAGCAAAAGAAGAAAAACGAAGGAGAGGCUCGAGCGUAGUUACCAGGCCGUCCCAUGAUAUUUGGAGGCCCUGUUCGAAAAUUUAAAUUGUGGUCCUAAUUUUUCCCAUAAAUUUAUCAAAAUUAAAAAUUAGUAAAUAAUUGUAAAAAAAUACUUAAGUUCAGAAAAAGAUUACAUCAGGAAUAAAUGAUCUCGUUUCCAGUUUGACCAAAAAACCAAGACCGAAUUCCCAGCCCUAAUAGGCAGGAAAGUAAAUCUGGAAGGAAGAGAAAAUGAAUAUAGCGCAAAAAUUGAAUGGAGAAAUGAAAAUAGUCUAAAUUGAUCGAGAGGUGGGUGCAGGGUUGUCUACUAGAUCGUGGAGGCCCUAUUUCAAAAUCUAGAUGUGGUCCAAAUCGACCUUUAACUAUAAUAAAACUAAAAUAAUUAUAAUAACAUUAUUCAAAAUGUAACAUCUUUCUAUAUUGUUUAAAUUAAAAUUAUCUAUUAUUUUUCAGAUUUUUGUACUCUCCAUGAGAUCCUUUUCAAUUGUUAUUAUAGCUAAAAUUAUCUAUUAAACACAUCAUCAUACUCAUAAUCAAUCAAUCAUACACUAAAAAUACAACCUACAAUAUACGAUCGGUAACUAACGAAUCUAAGUAGAGGCCCCUAAUAUUCUGAGGCCCUGUGCCGGAGGGCGGGCCAGCACACCCUCUUGGCCGGCCCUGGUAGUUACUCGAGAGCUUAUGUUUAAUAGGGCUGAUCAUGCAGGCGGGUCACCCGCGGGUUUGAGCCGAUUUGCCCGCAUUUGACCCGAAUUUUGUUAUGUGGGUGGGUCUGUGGAUGGGUGAUGGGUUGUGCUGGGAGGCAUCCGUCCGGUGGCAGGUGGGCGGGUGCGCGGGUGACCCGCUCAAUACAACAACAAAAAGAACAAAAUCGUUGGCGCUGGAGAGUGGAUAGUGGAGACGUUGACGGAAACUAGGGUUAGUCCUGAAAAUUGAAUAUCAAAGCCAAUCUUCCAAAUCUCGACUUCCCUCUUCUUACCUUUAAUUUUUUUUCCCUCUGAUUCUUGUGCCCAAAUCACAUCUCUUUCCUCCGUUAAAUUAUUUUUCUUAGUUUUCCGUACCCGAUAAUCAUCUCCAUCCAUAGAAAACUCCUCUAUAAUAGAAUUUCUAUCCAAUUUCAGAACGAAUUCAUCAUUUUUUCUUCCUAUUCCAUCUUCUUGUUUAUGUCCGAUAACAAAUCUCCACCAAUUAUCGUGCCAGUGAAUCUCAAAUUUGGAGGGUGAAUGGAUGUUGAAAUGGAUUUUUAUUUUACAUAUAUUGGCAUUACAGAGGGGUUUUGAAAUAUAAAUGGAUAAUGUCAAGUUGACCCCUUUAUAUUAUGUUUAUUAUGACGUGGGUGAACCCGCAAACCCACCCGCAUCAUCCGCUAUCCACCCGACCCAACCCGAUACUAAAUGUGGGUGGGUGGGUAGUGGGUUAAAAAUUAAUAAUCUAUUUAAGCGUGAGUUGUGCAUGGUCAAAAUUCAGUCGACCCACCCAAGCCCACUCUUAAUGUUUAAUCGGAUACGUUUUUUAGGAAGAUAUUUUUGUGUUCGUUUGGGUGAGCUUUCUACUUUUUCAAACUUUUCAAAUGCAACUUUAAUUAGUCUACUGGCUCAUCCAUGAAUCCGGUUUUACGCGAAUAAGUUAAGCUGCCAGCCAUCAUCUUCUGACUUUUCCUAACAUUAAUUAAUCGUCAUAAGCAGAUAUUACAAUAUGAACAAUGUGAUGCAGUACCUUGCCGUACAGAUUUUUGUAUCAUCAGCGAUAGCGAUAAGCACAUAUCGUCGUCCCAUGCAUUUUGUUGAUGUACGUACGUUACUGAUUUUCUUGGGUUUGUUUCGUUCAAAAGAAAUAUCUCUCGGCUGCGACGUAUUUGGUCAUGUAUAUGACGCCUGCACACAACUAGAAGCUUGGCUAUGAACUUAUACUAUAUAAACUUCAAAUUGAAAAAUGUGAUGAUAAUCUUUUAUCUUCUAAGGAAAUUCCAACUUAAUUAUAUCUUUUCCAAGAUUAACCAUCAUAGUAUGCCCAGUUAUAUAUUGAAUAUAUAUGAUACCUAAUUUUUAUUUUUUUCAUGAAAAAUAUCAUUCACAAUUUAUAUUUUGAAAACUUAGUUUUUUUAAUAGUGUCGUCCUAAACUUUUCAAAUUCUAUAUAUUGAUACAAUAUUUAGAUGCCAAUUAAUCAAGUACAAUUCAUUUGCAACCUCGAAUUCCUUUUCAUUUUUGACCAACCCUAAUUAGCCUAUGAGGUAAAUAAAUCACCAACAACUCUAUAACAAUUAACCAUUAAAUUAAAUGAUGAUCCACCAUAUUUUUCAAGUUUCACAUGCAUCCGUUCAGACUUUUUAACUGCCAUUUAUCGUUGGGCUGGUUUGCUGAAGAACUUUCUGCAACUUUAGUUUCUAAGGAGCAGGGGAGGAGCUACAGUUGGUCUCGGGGGCCCGGGCCUCCGAGAAUCGUAAAAGUUACGUCUAAAUUACAUUGAUAUUUUGGAAAUUUCGUAAAAACUAACAAAAGACCUAAUACGUUUAGUGUGCAAAUUUGAUAAAAACAAAGUAGGCUUAGUCAAGUGAGGAGGAAGUGAGUUAUGAUGUAGUUGGUUGAGGGUUUGAUACCCAGCCUCUACAAUUCUGUUACUUUUUAUUUGCUUUCUGUUUUAAUACCACUUUGAAAUUUUAUUUCACUGAAAAAUUAUCCAUUUCGACCUUUUAUAAGUUAUUCGACAUCAAUAUUUUGACUCUAAUAAUCUAAAAUGAUUAAUCAUAAUACUAUUAAAAGUAAAAUUUACUUUGAUUGUCUUGCUUAGUUUUUAAUUUUUUAUCACCCUUCUGUGGUAAUAGUAUUAAAUAAUUUUCGGCCCCCCUAACGUCAAAUCCUAGCUCCGUCCCUGCUAAGGAGUAGUUACCUCUAUAUAUAUAUAUAUAUAUAUAUGAUAGCUGCAAUAUAAACUAUGAGCACCUGGGUCAUGUUUUCACUUUGUUAAAAAAUUAAUUAUACUUGCUUAAUAUAUAUUUAUAUGGGGAAAAUGUAACGUAGUAGACUUUUUUUUAAUUCGGUCAUUAAAAUAAACGACGGGGAAAAAGGGUCUGAUAAAAAAGCAUUUCAUUCGUAUUAUAUAUCACAGUCAACAUUAAAUGAUGCAUGCAGUUUGGUUCAGAAAAAAACUCAGAACUCGUUUCAUGGAUUAGCCAGCUGAGCUGAGUAAUAUCCAUCGUCGACCCAUAUGCCAAUAUUCCAUUCCAAAACAACAUCUAUUAUAUUACACAACGUGGUUAGCCAGCUAGCAUUAGAGGCGCCCAUAUAUAUAAUACUAUUCCACCAAAUUUGGUCAAAACUCAAAACUAUUUAUUUAGCAACUUAUUAUAUAUAUACUUUGGCCAACAAUCAGCUUAAUUAUAGUAUUUGAGAUGGGUGAUAAUCCAGGUUCCCUUUCAGUUCAUAGCUGCCACCCCCACCAACUCCCGACUUUCCCCAACAUAUAUAUAAACCUCUAAUUAUCGUCAUCCACGGGCGACCGGCUAAUUAAUUAUAAAUGAAUAUAUGCAGCACAAUUAACGUGAUGAAAGUACUCUUAAUAUCGUACGGAUGUCUAUACGCAUUGUCUCGCAACUACUGAUUCUAAUGUUUAAAUCUUUCAGGUCUGUAUUUCAAAACAGAUUAUAAAAUCCUAAGCAUCUAUCAGAAAAGUUAGCAGCAGUAAGAUACUUUGGGUUGAAAUUGUGGUUCAAUUAUUUUUGUAUUGUUAAAAGUCUGAUUUAGACUACAAUAAUAAGUUUUUCUAUUUGAACUACGGUUUUCACAACCAUUUGGUAUUGACAUGCGGAUAUACCACAUACGACACCUACCUACGUAAGACUACUAAUGAAGAGGUUGAUUACGAACUUGAACUUGAAAUUCAAAAUGCAAUUUCUUUCAUAUAUAAACAUCGAGGAUCUCAGGACAUAUUUUUUAGACUAUCUGAUUUUUAUGAAUAUUUUGUCAUAAGAGAGCUGAACGAUAUCUGUAUGUAACUCAAAUUGUAAGGAUAAAUUUUAGAAUAGAUCUUAUAUUAUUUCUUUACAUAUUCAACAACUGUAUUGUAGUGAGCAAUUUCUAUAUAUAUCAUGAUUUUCAAGAACUAUUUGAUUUCAAUAACUUGGGUUAUUGAGACCAAUUAAUUUUUAAAAUGAUAUCAAAGUUGAUUUGAUCCUGAGGUUACGUGUUCAAGUUCUCGUUUAGUCCUUUUCACCAAUACUUACAGUUGGACUAAAGCACAUGAUAUGAUAUACUUGUACAAAUUUCAAGCGCAUAAUCCUUUGGCUUUCAUUUAAAAGGGCGUUUAUUGGAGUGAUUAUCAUCCAUAAAUGAAUCUCUCACAAAACUUCGAAAUGUUGAAACAAACUGGUUAUUGAAAACAGUGAGUAAUGACGUGAUUAACAAUAUAGGCAUAAUAUUAUAGUUAGGAAGAUAAAAGAUGUAUGCAUAGUAACCGUACAGAUCCCAGUUGACAAGUUCGUACUGUACGAAUGAGAGGGAGGGCAAGUAUGAAGAUUGAAGGGUGAUGAAUAUCUGACUUCACAAUUAACUAACAUAUAUUUCAAAGAAGAAACGUUAACCAAUCCCCUCCUACCAUGAAGUAUGAAGGGUGUGAUAUCUUACCAAACCAUAAUAUAUCUAAUAGAUUGCGUAUUUCUUUUAAUUCAAUUCAAUUUCAUGGUGAUGAUCAAUUUGUUGUUUAGUAGAUUAUGAUAACGAAAUCUCAGAUCAAGGGUCAAUAUAGUUUUAACCAACGAUUACCUUCUUCCGGCAAGCUAAAAGGUGGAGCUCUAUUAGAGUCUCGUAUACACAGCCGGCUUGAUAGUAUGUUGGGACGUCCUCCAGCACAGUGCCUCCAAAUUAUAGGAGCUUCAUUGGCCUCCAUGUUUAGAGCUAAUUACAAUUAUAGAGUAUUGGAAUUUGGAUUGUGAAUUCAAAACAAUAGAAACUAAAUGCAUUGAGUUCUAAUUAUGUACAGAGCUAAUCUGACUUCUUUUAUUCGAUCCUUUCUAGUUGAUUCAAGACUAGAUGGGAAUGCUCCCAAAUCUGCACCAGUGAUGGUCCAAGUUUUUUUUUUGUGGGUAAAAUAGCAGACAACAUAAGCAUCUAAAUCGUAUUUGUAAUAACACGAUUCAUGAAUAUACCCAAUGAAUCGUAGAAAAGUCACUGCUUUAGGUUAGGGCAACACACAUUGAAAGAAUGUAUGCGAAAACUAACAGAGUGAUUCUUACAAGCAAGGAAGUCAGUUGCAAAAUUACUCUCUAAACACAUGGCUAAACCUGAAUUCCCAAUCACGUACCAGAAGUAAACCAGUCGGCUUAGCCGGCAAACCAUGGCUAUAUGAUUUAGAGAUACACAGGGAGAUAAACAAAUGUGUUAUGAGAAUAAGAGAGUAGAGGUCUCCUUCCUGUUGGAGGCUUGAAAGCUAAAGACAUAAUAAACUACUAAAUGCCACAACUGUAUAUGGACAGUGGACUGUUAUUAACAAGCUACACCUUUUGUACUGCUAGACUUCCUAGCGUCCAUUAGAAAAGAAGUAGUGCUUGUAGAGUUGCUUCACACUAAAACAAGGAGGGGGGAAAAAUUAACUUGAGUCUAGCCAGGAGAAGUACAAAAUUUCUUUAGCCCGCCCAAAGAAGAAGACCUUCAUUAUAACUUAACUACUAGUUGCUUGAUCUUCGUUUCAUAAGUCAACUCUUAAUUUUCCAUUACUGCUUAAACAAAGGAGGCAAAUGAAAAAGAAGAGAAAGAAGACUCCAACCAUGUUGCUCUUAUAAUAAACUUACCUUCAAUCAGAAACUCCCGCAAGCUGUUCUCCCCCUCUAUAUAAUUCCCUGCAUUUCUCGUAUCCAAGGCUCCAAAGUAUCCCAGCAAAGCCAGAAAAACAGCCAGCCUAAGGAGCAAGAACCUGCAAUAAACAAAAUGGCACACUGCUUCCCAAUCUCAUCUCCGAAGAGAACUCUCUCUUCUCUCAAAUCCGCCCCCUCUUCUCCUUCUCCCCUCCCCCCUAUCUCAUCGUCACCAAAGAGAACUCUGUCUUCUCCCAAAUCCUUCCCAUCUUCUUCAUCUCCUUCUCCCCUCCCUCCUAACAGCCAGCCAAAGGAGCAAGACCCUGUAACAAACAAAAUGGCACACUGCUCCCCAAUCUCAUCCCCAAAGAGGACUCUGUCUUCUCUCAAAUCCGUCCCAUCUUCUCCUUCGCCUUCUCCACACCCUCCUAUUCCAUCAUCCCCAAAGAGAACUCUGUCUUCUCCCCAAUCAUUCCCAUCUUCUUCAUCUCCUUCCCCCCUCCCUCCUUCUCCUCUCCACCGAACUUUCUCUGCAUCCAUGAUGGAGGAAGACAUUCAAAAUGCUGCAUCAAUCAUAUCCAGGUGGGAUAUUGAAAAUUCCUCUUCAGCGCCUAAAUUUUCUUCCCUUUUCCACCACGACAGAAGGAAGGAGGCCAAAGAGUUCCUGAAAUCCAUCAACGACCUCCGUCAGUCCAUCCGUUUGCUUAAGUCUCAGUAUCCUGAUACCGCGAAGCUUAUUGUUCACUGUCAGAAACUGAUACAGAUGGCCAUGACGAGGCUGGAGAAAGAGUUCCACCAUAUUCUGUCAACACUUCAUGAUCAGCUUCAUCCCGAGUAUCUGAGCCAUUAUUCUGCAGAAGAGGAAAAGCCAAGAGCAGGUCAUGAGGAGUCGGUCCUAAUUCUAAACCACUGGAGAAUUCCAAAAGCUGCCAUGUCUGAUCUGAAGUCAAUUGCUGCUUCCAUGACGAGUGCUGGGUAUGCGAAAGAGUGUCUCGAAACUUACAUACUCGUCCGAAGAUCCAUUGUGGACAAGAGACUGUUCUUCUUGCUCGGAGUUGAACACUUCCACAACCCUUUCCAAGUCGAGAGACUGAAUCCAGAAGCUCUUGACAGUAUGAUCAAGAACUGGCUGAAUGCUGCUAGUGUUGCUGUCAAAACACUGUUCACAGGGGAGAAAAAUCUCUGCGACCAUGUGUUCUCGGCAUCUGAGAGAACCCGAGAGCUAUGCUUCUCUGAGGUGGUUAAAGAAGCUGCAGCCAAUUUGUUCAGGUUUCCUGAACUCGUGACUAGGAACAAGAACUUGAAGGAUGACAAGAUUUUCUUGCUAAUGGAUCUCCAUGAAGCACUGUUUGAUCUUUGGCCUGAAAUAGAAUCCAUGUUCGGUGGUGGUUCAACCUCCAAUGUCAAACGGAAAGCUCAUUCAUCGCUUCUCAGGCUUGGUGAGUCAGUUCGUCAGACUCUAUCCGAGUUUGAAUCUACCCUCCAAAGGGAGUAUUCAUCAAAAGAUAUAGUUCCUGGUGGUGGGAUUCAUCCCUUGACCAGAUCAGUCAUGGAUUACUUGUCAGCCCUGGCAGAUUACAGUGGCAUUCUCGCAGACAUUAUUGUUGAUUCUCUCCCAGAGAGCAAUGCGAAGCUGCCUGAAUCUUACUUUGAGAGCCCAACCAGCUCCUUUGAUGGUGGGCCCUCACCAGCUCUAUCAUCCCGACUAGCUUGGUUAAUACUGGUUCUCUUAUGCAAGCUUGACAUGAAAUCAGAAAAGUACGAUGAUGUGUCCCUUUCAUACCUCUUCCUAGCAAACAAUCUGCAAUUCAUCUUCGAGAAGGUAUGCACAACCAGGCUAAGGGUUAUCCUGGGUGAAGAUUGGGUGUCCAAGCAUGCCAACAAGCUUAGAAAAUAUGCUGCUAACUAUGAGACGAUUGCCUGGAAUAAGGUCUUCUCAGCCCUGCCGAGUAUGCCUCUAAAAGAGGUAUCACCAGAAGCUGCAGAAGAAUGUUUUCGCAGGUUUAAUGCAGCGUUUGAGGAAUCACACAGGAAACAGGUAUCUUGGAUUGUACCAAAUGAGAACUUGAGGGAUGCAUUGAAGGUAUCAAUAGCAAAGAAACUCUUACCUACAUAUAGAGAAGUUUAUGGCAGGUACGUUGGAGUGCUCAGUGGAGAAGACAACAGUUCAGGAGAGUUGGUGAUGUUUGGUCCAGAUGACGUGGAGAAUCACCUCUCUGAUAUGUUUCAUGGCUCUUCUGCAUCUGAUCAUGAAACUCAUCUCGAGGAUGUAUGUGACGACGAAGUAGCAAUAGAAGUAAGAUUUAAGAGACAUUGUAUACUAUCCCCAUGGAAGAAAUUACGCAGCAUAUUAUUUGGCUGAUACCACCUACUUGUUUCUUUCUAAUGAUGUUACUAAUGCAUUUCAAAUGGUAGAAUAAGCCAAAAACUGGAGCUCUAUCUUCAUUUUUUGGCGGAACUUGGCUAAAUGAAUCAGGCUUGAGAUAAUGUAAAAGUUUGAAAGAAUGGUAGCAAGAACAGAUUAACUAAGAAGGUCGACAAAGACGCUGAGCUAUAAGUAUAAGUAAAUCAGACAGGCCCAUAAAAAUAGAAACUCUUA